AUGGCAAGCCAAAGACAAGGCCAAACGGCAGCCGGAAUUCUUGACCAGCAGGUAGGGCCGCCGUACUUACCUGCUGUGUGGCUUUAUGGAGCAACUCCUACCAUAGUCCCGGAUGUAAUCGUAUGUUCACUGUUCUUGCUCGCAUAUCUGGCCGCCGCCAUCAUCCACAAGGUUGUAUUCCUCAAGAACAAAUUCAAAGGACAGAAGUUCGUCAUGUCUGCCAUGGCAUUUGGCUUCUGCUUCGUGAGGCUCAUCACAUUCUCUACUCGUAUAGCGUGGGGCGUUCUACCUGCUAAUGCUAGCCUUGCCCUUGUGAGCAACAUUUUCCUAAACGCUGGAAUCCCAAUCCUUUACAUUAUCAAUCUGGUGUUCGUUCAUCGAAUUACAAGAGCCCAACACCCACGAUUCGGAUGGCAUCGCUCCCUCUCGAUUCUGGGAAGGGUCACCAUUGCUUUGAUAAUAUUGACAUUAGUCUUGCUUAUCUACUCGGGCAUUCAAGCCUCAAUGACUCGCGACGAUACAAUCCAACAGAAGCUCCGUAUCAUUCAGCUUUACGGUGCAACCUUCAACACCGCAAUCGCUGUUGUGCCUCUCUUGAUGCUCUUCAUUGGUGUCAUUAUUCCCAAGCGGGUGAGAACGGAGAAGUUUGGUGUUGGACGUUUUCGCGUCAAGGUAGCAGUGCUGUUAGUUUCUUCGUCAUUACUAACAAUUCGAACGGCCUACGCCACGACUAUUGCAUACUUCGCUCCAGUUCCGCUUUCAGAGCCUAUGCCAUGGUACUAUUCGAAAGCCGUAUUCUAUCCCCUGCAGCUGGUUACAGAGCUCAUAGUGGUGUAUGUUUUCAUCUUUGUCCGUAUCAACAAGAUAUUUUACACGCCAGAUGGGCUUCCACGUGGCUCAUAUAUCGACUUAACAAAGAGUGUGGGCCAGCUCGCAAAUAAACCACUCCCGUAUGCAGAGCGCAAUUUUGAAACAGCCACAACGCUUCGUCCCUACGGAGAAGAGGAGCUGCUACAGAACCAGGACGCCCUGGCAGAAACUCUGCACUACUCUAGCACUUCUCUCCUGCUAGAUAACCAAAGUGGAAAAUGGAAGCUCGAUCGUUCAAGUGCAGCUGAUCUCUAUUCACCGGCCUUACACCACGAGAGUGAAGAUCCGAGCAGAAGAAUGAGCAGUGCCAGCAACUAUUAUUAUGCACCUAUGAGCGACGAAUCAGGCCAGCCGCGUGGCUAUCGUUUACCCACCACGUGGAGCAAAGCGCGGUACUAUGGAGGAAAGGAGCAAAGAGAUGGCGGGAAGACGGGCAGCGCUGACAAUGAUGAUAGCAACAUCGAGCUGGAAAUGAACAGGGAGCACGACUCUAUGUACAAAGCCAGGCUUCCCAAGAACAUUGGUCAUAAAAUACCGUCUUCUGCGGGAAGUCAGAUGCGUCAAAUCCACACCAACCGAAGUAUACCCGCAGAGCUGGAAAGACUAAGUCAAGUAAGCAUGGGAAGCACGUUCCAGGAGCGUGUUGACCAAGUCAUGAGGGACUGCUGCCGGGCACCACAAACCGGUGUCAAUGAGGCUCGUCCUCGUCGACCACGAACGCUAUCUCAUCCACGAAGGCCCUCUAGACUACGAUUUUCGUCUUCGCCGAUAUCUCCCAUACCAUCUAUCACGCAUCCGAAGCCGCCACCCGCAGUCAGCCAACCGCAAGGAUCGCCGAGCUUUGAAGGCGUGAGGUUUCAUAGAGUUUGA